AUGGUUACGCCGGAAUCUGGAGUUCCCCAAACCCUAGAACCGCCUCAAUUGGUUCACUGGAUGCAAGGAAUGGGGAGUGCUCCCACAAUUUUGCAAGCUCCGACGAAAGAGGAACCAGUGAAGGUGAAAGAAGCUAAAAAACCAGAAGAGGCAGAUGCGAACUUGGCAGCACGAAAACUUACCUUCUCAGUCGAGUCGCAUGAGACAAAGAUUACCCUAGCAGAUGUGGUACGAGGAAAUCGAUCCAUACAUCAGGGUUCGAAACUUGAGUACUACGCGCCGGUUAUGAAAGAAGGGAUAAAAGUGGUCCGACUCAAUCAAAUUGAAGUAGAAGAGGAAAUCAGAAAGUGGAAAUCAAGCUUGAUUGGGUAUGUAUUAGGUGGGUCGCCGACAUUUAAGGAUAUGCUGAAAUUCGUCUAUGGAGUUUGGCAAUUUGUGGACACACCACAGGUAUACCUUCAUGAUGAUGGAUAUUUUAUAUUCCGCUUCCUGAAUGAUGAAGAUAAGAGGAAGGUGUUAGAGUUUGGGCCUUAUACUUUCAACAAUCGACCUAUGAUCUUAAAACAAUGGGAGGCAGAGUUUGAUAUUACAAAAGAAACUAAUCGAAUUGUUCCUACUUGGGUAACUCUACCUGGGCUGCCAAUUCAAUACUGGGCAAUUGAAAAUUUGGGCAGAAUUGCGAGUUAUCUAGGAAGACCAAUAUGCACUGAUAAACUGACUGCACAAGGAGACAGAAUCACAUAUGCUAGAAUACUGGUGGACAUAGACAUCUCUCAGCCUCUCCCAGAGCAUAUACUGAUUGAGGAUGAGAAAGGGGGACUCAAAGAGCAGCAGCUGGAAUAUGAGUGGAAGCCUUCCUAUUGUCAGGAUUGUCUACAAAUAGGACAUACAACUAGAAAAUGCAACAAGGAACAAGAGAAUGAAGCUCUACAUGAGAAGGGUGAAGAGCAGAACCGGAGAAGAAGAAGACAAGGGCAGAAAAAAACAGCAAACAACCCAAUGGAAAGUGAAAGACAAUAA